GUCAGUCAUUCAAAGUAACAUCACAGGAAGCUACAAAGCUGAGUCUGGCAUUUUCGAGGCCUCCACUGACUUCUGCAGAGGAGUGCCGGAAGCUGAGUGAAGAUGUCCAAAAUGCCAUUCUUGCAGUUGCCACAGUGUACUACUGGCUCCCCAAGGGCCAAGGUACUACUCUUCGGAAAAUGGUACGAGAUGCUGUCACUGAAGUAGUGGAAGGAAUGAUCCAACUCACAGAAACAAUUCUCAGUGCUCCAUUGGAGAGCUUGUCUCAGGAACAGCUUAUAUCAACUGGUGGUGUGUGGGAGGCAUGUGAGCAAGUGUCCAACCUGCCAAGAGAUAACCAGGCAGCAGUUGCAUCAGCUCUGUCUGCGUGUCUGGGUGUGGUCAAAGACGCGCUGGAGGAGAUGGAACAUGCUCUGGUGGAAGGGCAAGACCCCUACAGUGACAUCAUGGAAGAUGAAGAGCUGGGCUUUCGGGGCAACAGAGAUACCUAUUGGUCAGAAGCUGACCGGAAGCUACUUAGCUCCUGCAUGGGAUUAAUGAAGGCUUCUAAAGCUUGCCUGAAGAAGGUCUUGGGUGUAGUGAAGGCUUAUGGCAAAGCCGAUUCUCCAGAGCACAUUGCUCAGCUGGAUGAUCUUGCAGACAUUGCUAAUGAAAUCAGCCCAAGUGUUGAUGAGCUGGCACUGAGCAUGUAUCCACCUGUGAAUCAGCUGGCUGUACGACUCAAUGCUGCUAAGUUGGCCUCAGUAUUAAAUAAAGUCUUGGAGAUUACAAAGACAAGCCAUGUAUGUCCACCAUCAGAGGAAGGCUGGGUGCAAUUUCUAACUGGUGCAGUAGAUCACAACAUGAACAAAAUCAAGAACUUCACACAGGGUCAACUUUAGCACUUCCAUGUCUACGUGUGUUGGUGCCACUGGCUCUGGCAUAUGUUUUUCCAGUGAAUCUCACUGUUCUCCAGGUACUGGGAGAACAAUGAGAACAAUGUUUGUAGGAAAGAGCUUUAAUGCCCCUUGGUAAAACUUUCCCGGGAAGUUGCUCUUUGCCGUGGCAGAGGGUGUCAUUUUGCUUGGAUUCCUGGGGUGAUGUGGUGCUGCAUCUUAAUGCUCUGAACAUGCCCCAUUCCUCAGACCUUGCAACUACUAUGGGGUUCAAAGAACAAUAAAAUACUGCUAGAUU